AUGUGCGGAAAAAGAGGCACGACGGCUCGCGGAGUGCCUCUAAAUCAUUUCAUACUUGCGCGUCUGCUUAUCACUCCUCAGCCAGUGUUGCCUACCUCCAUGCACGCCAGGCAGUGUGUGUGUGUGGUGUGUUUUUGUACACUUUCGACGGAGUUCAUUGGUAACUGGCCUAAGCCCAAGAUCUCCAAACUCCAAUUCUCAAGCUCCUCUCCGGCCAUUCCAUCACCCUCCCAUGUGCCUUCAAAGGUAGCGCAUGCGGGUGUAUCGCCAGUCACAUCCGCCGCCGCCGCCGCCACCGUCAAUGGCGAGCCCUCCGUACAGGUCAUCGUGCUCGUACCCAAGGGAACCCUGCCGCCGGGGCAGCAGCUAGUAUUGGUGGGGGGUCACCGGGUACUUGGCGAAUGGGAUCCCUCCAGGGGCGCUAAACUGGUUGCCAAUACGGCGGGUACGGCACACUCGGUGCAGGUGGAGCUGCCAGUGGACAAACCCGUAGCGGCUAAGCUGGUUCUAAUGCAGGAUGGCCUUCCAAUUUCUUGGGAGUCGGGCGACGACCGGAUGCUGUUCUUGGCCGCACCACCGUCGCCCUCGCCCUCGCCGGCGGGGGAGUCCGCCGGAGCAACCGGGUACUUGCUGCUGUGUGACUUUGAGGACACAAAGAGGACACGCGCGAUGUUAUGGCCGCCGGCGCCGAUUGCGAGAUCACCGGGCACCACCGUCCUGCAGCUUACAGUCCGCGGCGAAGGCCUACCGCCUACCUCCCUCGCCGCCGGCGCUGCGGACGAGCUCGUACUCACCCUCACCGGGUCCUGUCCGGAGCUGGGGGACUGGGACCCGGCCCGCGGCGCGAGGCUGCAGCCGGAUUCCCUCGUCCCUGGAGCAUGGACUGCUCGGAUUCCGCUACGUCUGGAUAGACCGGUCGCGGCGAAACUGGUGCUGUGCAGCACCGCCGCCCUGGCGGCAGGGGCGGCGGACGUUGCGGUGGCUUGGGAGCCGGGGCCAGAUCGUGCACUAGGGCCAGCGGCGGCGGACAAAAUGCUUUUGUGCGGCUGGGACUGGGGCGCCCCUAACCUGGUACCGCCACCGACGCCUGCCGCCGCUGCGGCGGCGGCGCUGCAGCAGCAACAGCAUGACCUGGCGGCUGUACGGAAGAUGGUGGAGAAGGCAGCCCAACGGGGUCGCGUAAUGACGCCGGCGGUCUUUGAGCCGUCAACCUUUGUGCCGCCGCCGCUGCAGGCAUCGACGUCGGCAGGGACGGUGGAUUCACCGCCGCCGCUGCAACCGCAGGCAACGCAACCGCAGGCAUCGGCCCCGCCGUCAGGCGCCGUCGAUGCCGCCAGCAAAAUCCAGGAGGUUUUUGCCACCAUGCACGAGCGUCAGGACGAGGUUAUGGUGGAGAAGGAGGCACGAGCGGCAGAGGCGGCGCACGCUUUCAACGAGGCGAAGGAGAUGCGACGGCGGGCGGGCUCGCCCGCACGUACAGGCUCCCCUGCGCGCACGGGUUCCCCCGCACGUGCCACCGCUGGCGCGCCCGCUGCGUCAUCGGCGCCUCCACCGCCCGUCUUUGGCGGGUUCUCCGUGCCGCCGCCGCACGGGCCCUCCCUCAACGUGGUCGAGGUUUUAGACUCCUUUGAGCCGGAUGAUGAGGAGGUGCAGGUGGUUUAUACACUGACUGGGCCAAACACAGCCGCCGCGUCGCCAACAUCACCGUCAUCGUCAUCGUCAGGAUCGGCAGCGGCAGCGGCGAAGCGCUCCUCUCCACGAACGGCCACUAGCUCUAACUGGCGUCAAAUGUUGGAGGAGGAGGAGGCGGAGGAGCAUAGGGAGGAGCUGCAGCAACAUCAAUAUCACCAGCAGCAGCAACAGGAGGUGGAGGAGGAGCUGUUCGGUGGUUUCAUGUUAGGCAGCAGCCGGCGUGGGGACGUGGAGGGGAUGGUGGAGGAGCAGGGCAGCAUCGGACGUAGCCUGGAUUCGCGAGCCGGAUCCCCUGCUCGGAUGGGCUCCCUCUCCCCAAGAGGCUCGCCCUCACCCUCGCCCUCCAGGUCGCCCUCACCAGGCGCCAACGACGCAGUUCAGCAGGCAGCUGAACAGCAGGCGGCAGCAGCAGCAGCUGCAGCAGCCGCAGCAGCUGCCCGUCUGGCCGCCCUGGAGGCAGAGCACCUGUCCGCGAUGGAGGCUGCUCGGUUGGCGGCGGUUGAGGCCCAAAAGCAGUUGGAGGGCCAGUUGGCGGCUAAGGCGGCGGAGGAGGAGGCGCGGAUUGCCGAAUAUGAGGCGCAGAUGGCAAUGCUGCGGCAGCAGGUGGACGCCGCCCAGUCCGAGGCCGCCUCUAACCAGCUGUCCCUUCACGCGCUGCAGCAGCAACUUGAAGCUUCCCGGGGAAGGGAGGCGGACUUGUCGGAGGAGCUGACCGCAAUGCAGGGCAAGCUGGCCGAGGCGGCUAGGUCCCACACCUCCAACACCGAGGCCGUAGAUGUCCUAGAGUCGGCUCUGCAGACGGCCCGGCAGCAGUACGAAUCAGCCCUGACGGAGCUACAGCGGGCUGAUGCGGCCGGCAGCUACAGCCUGGGGCUGCUGGAUAGGCUGGAGGCCGCCUACCUGGCUGCCGUAGACCAGUACGAGGAGGUGGUUGCGGAGCUGGCCACGGCAAAGGCCUCUCAGCAGCAGUCACAGGCCAUGCUUCAGACCUUGGAGGCGCAGGUGGCGGCGAGCGUGCAGCUGGCAGGAAGUGUGGAGGUUUACGAGAAACAAGUCCAGAUGCUUCAGGAACAGCUUCAGCUGUCUGCACAGGCUCACGAGGCCGAGUUGUCAUUGCUCCAGGGGCAGUUACGUAGCGUGGAAGUCAGGUCUCAGCAGACGGAGGAUCUGUACGAGAGCAUGCUCGGGGAAAUGAAGUCGGCACUCGAUGACGCGCUAGCUCGCGAGCAGACUCUCCAUGCCGAGUUGAACUCCAUGCAGCGCCGUGCUGAUGAGUUCCAGAAGCAGGUGGAGGCAGCCGCUGCGGGGAUGAGCGACUCAGCUCGACAAGAGGAGGCGCUAAGGAAGGAGGUGGCGAGGUUGAGGAGGGUCAUCGAGCAGUACAAGCACCCUGGCAGCCAGGAGUACUUGACGGAGCACGACGGUGAGCUGUCGCGUUCCUUGGAGCGCGAGGAGGUCCUGGAUGCGCAGCUGACGUCACUUCAGGCAGUUGUACGGCAGCAGGAGGAGCAGUUGCAGGCGGCUUUGGAGCGGCAGGACGAGCUGAGCAGGGAGCUGGAGCACCAGCAGAAGACUGCUGAGGAUUAUAAGAGUCAGUUAUCUGAGCAGCAGGCGGCCCUUCAGGAAGCGGCUGAGAAGCAGGCGGCCAUGCAAGAGAGGGCUGAGGCCAUGCAGAGGGAGAUGGACAGGCUGCAGGGCCUCACGGAGAGCUACAAGACCAAGCUGGAGGCCAGUCGCAGUGAAGCGGAGCUGGCUGCUGCCCGGGAGGCCGAGCUUGUACGGCAGGUGGAGGCUUCGGGGACCAGGGAAGGCGACCUGCUGGGCAGAGUGGAAAAGCUGCAGGCGUCCAUUGCGCAGUACAAGUCCCGGCUUCAAGAUCAGGAGAGCAGCUUAUCCGCCGCAGCGGCUCGUGAGGGCGAACUGAUGGCCGCACUAAGGGACCAGGAGGGCGACUCGGCUGACCUGCGGCACCGCUUGGAGGAGCUGGGGGGCGAGUACCGGGCAGCGGUGGAGACCAUUGAGGAGCAGCAAGGGCGGCUGGAAGCGGUGACCAACGCGGCAGAGCAGCACGAAGCGGCCAUGGCGGUGCAGGUGCAGACGCUGCAGCCUGCCCUUCACAAGUCCGGGACAAUCCGCGUCCGAUAUAUACCACCGCCGCCAACACGCUGUGCACCUUCAACCUUUAAAACAUUAAAAACCUGCAUCCUAAAACCCCAUCCGUCGCAGGUGGAGCUCAGCGCGGAGCGUACGCGGCACACUGAGGAGAUGCAGCAAGUGCAGCAAGCGCUGGAGGCGGCCACGGAGGUGGACCGGCUAAGAAUGCAGGGCCGUGCACAGCAGGGCCGCAGCCGCCACCACCGCAUGCGAGAGGGGAAUUUCAUGGCGGUGACCACCAUGGAGGGUUUCCAAGCGGGGAUUCGGGCUGAGUUCGAGAUGCAAAAGGCCGUACUAAAGGCUGAGUACGAAGUGAAGUUGACUGCACUGAAGGAGGCACUGGUGGUUGUCAAGAACGCCCUUAACCCGGCCACCACCAAGAAUGCGCCGACAGUGGCGCCGCCGCCGCAGCAGCAGCAACAGCAACAGUCUCUCCCGCCGGCGCAACACCGUACCGCGUCUCCUGUUGCUGCGGCAACGGCCCCACUGCCGCCGGCAGCAGCAUCAUCCUCACCAUCACUGACGCCGACGUUUGCCACCAAGGUAUCUAAAUGGGCCAGCAUGGCCUCGGAACUGGCCGCAGCGCGGGGAGAGCAACCGUCGGCCUCCACUUCCGCCGCCAUUGCCGUACCCGAUGCCAACAUCUCCGUCGAACGCAAUGGGAAAGUUAUCUCUCAUGGAGUCAACAACGGAAAGGAGCUGUCCGUAGCGGCUGGCGCGGAGGCCCAAGUAGACAGUGUCAGUGGAAGGGACAGUACGACAGGCGUACGGCGCAAGACGAGCAUCCCCAGCAAUUGGCGGGAUGCGCUGUGAGUUGUUUGUUACUGUGGCUUUGAAGGCGGUGCAUUAGUAGUAGUGAAGAACGAAGCGGAAAGUAAUUAUGUGGCUUAUGUAGCUUAUGGGCUGAUGUAAGGAUAGCUGCCACUGUUUUUCGUGACGUCGCCGGCGUCGUGUAUGUGUUGCCUGUGGGUUUGAAAGGCCACAGAAAGAAAUUCACGAAAUCGACGCCUUGCUUUCCCUUUGCGUGUUUCACGUGAUUCUUAAGGCCGAGCCGAAGUGUGGGAAGAUGAGGGUGUUGGUUUGAGUUGGAAGGUUGAGAGCGCACUGUGACGGAUAGACAGACAGACAGACAGACACGCCAGGGACGGGUAUGCCGACUGCUGUUCAUGCAGGAAAAAAUGCCUAGAAGGAUAGUAAGGAGAGAGGAACGGAAGAGGCUAAGUGGUCUUACCCUGAAGAUGCUCAAUUUCAAACAGAUGAAAAACAUCUUUAACCGGAAGCGAUUCAAUGAACCCGUGCACACGCGAAACGUUAAAUACGCCUGAAAAUCGCAUAUGCAGCGACGCCUGAAAUGCAUGUGGGGUUAGUAGGAACAACCAGAUUGGAAGCAGGGCGUAGGAAGCUAGAAAGCAGGAAAGCGCACGCCCGUGUGAGUAUCCUGUUGUCCGCAUAUCGCGGCUUCUGCUGAAAAGCCAUCGUUUGGCGCGAUGAUCCUCAGUCGCCUUAUGGCCAGUGUUUUUUUUGGUAAUAUAUUACUUUUUUGGGAAUAAAUGGGGGUCUGAGCCUGGAAGAAAUGGAAUAAUUGGUCAGUUGGCCGUACUGCUUCAUUACUUCGGCCACCAAAUGCCUUCUGCACAUAUAAAGCUGAACAUUUGGAGCUUAUACACUAUUUAUGUAUAAAAUAUUUG